AAGCAAUAAAUCCAGGGGUGCGGGAACGGCUCUGUUGACUCAGAUGUAAACAUGGCGGCGGAGGUGGAGAGUCUACACGUCCUGGAGGAGAGAGUUAAGAAGCUGGAGGAGAAGAUCUUCGGCCCCUUACCUAAAGAUGCUGAGUAUCCGGAGGUUGUGUCGACUUUGGCUUCAUUAGGUGGCCAACUGGGAAGUGCACUUGGAACACGUGACCGCAUGAUGAUGGUCAUGAAAAGACUUGAUGAGUUAGAACGUUACUUGGAUCCAUCAUAUGGGGAGUCCCUUGAAUUGUCGGACAAUGUAAAGCUCGACUUGGUGUUAGCCCGAGAGGAGCAGUUGCGUAACCAGUAUCAGCAUCUCAACACUAUGAAUUCUCUUAAGAAUGUCUUAGACUCUCAGCAUAUUACUGAUUCUGCCAACCUGGGGGAUGAGUUGAUUCAAAUAGCCAACAGACACAGCCAAGAUGAAGAAGCAGCCUCUCAGCAGAGUGUGCAGAUUAAGAACAUGCUAGACCAGUAUAAUGCUAUUAUCAAUAUCCUCACAGAGACAUUUAUCAAGAUGGAUGAGGUGGUGACAAAAGCAGAGAUAGCCGCUCUACCCAAGAAGGCUGAAGACUGAGGAGUAUCACGCACACACACUCACACCUUGGAUACACAAUACUGUACUGGUAAUGGAGUAUAGAAUGUAUUUGGUGCUCCUUGCUGUAUAGUAAUCUUGAUGUAGUUGAUAUAAAAUGUCCUGAAUUUAUUUAUAGCAAUCCAAGUAUAGCUUCAUGUUAUAAUGCCUUGUCAUUUUAAUCUGUCUUGGUGUUAUGAUGCAGCAUUAGAUUAUUUACCCUAGUGACUUUGUUCUCUGUUAAGAUACUUUGAUUAAUAAUAAUUAGUACACCCAUAAUGCAAGUUUAAGGAUGGCAUAGAUACACUUUCCUCAGCCUUUAGUUACAAUGUUAAUGUCAUGGUUAAAGGUGGACAAGAUUUUGUUGGUAAAAAUGUGGAUGUAUGUACACUACAGUAUGUGUGUGUGUGUAUAUGUGAAUGUAUGUAUGUACAGAUGUUAGUGUGUACUGGGUAAAGAUAUUUAGGUUAUUGUUAUAUUGGUUUUUUUGUUUCUAGAUUUUUUAAUUCAACUUAACAUCUUUGGUUUGUGUGAUGAGGUUGUAGGUUUGUCUUAGUUGUUGGCACAUUGACACUCAGCAGCUCUCUCUGACGUUUGUGGUAUUUCAUUCUAACUCCUUGCACUGCAGAUUAUGAUUGUCCUUUGUAAAGUGAUUUUCACAUUCAAUAAACUGUUAUAGCACAUA